UCCUUCCUCGUUGGAAAAGCUGGAAGGAAAAAAUACAGAAGAAAAAAAAAAGAAACAAGAAGCGGAGGGGAAGAAAACCAGUGACCGAUCUCUCCUUUUUCUUUUCAUCCUGUUUCUCUCUCUCGUCUCUCCACUUCAGAUCUGCUUCACAUUCCUCUUCCCCCGUCAAUUUCCCCUUUUCCUGUCCGUCCGCAGGCCGGAGGGAACCUAGGGCUGACGAUGGAGGAGCCCUUAGAGAUGGUGCAGUCGAAGGACACGAAGGAGCGGAUGGCCGGAGUGGAGCGCCUCCACGGCUACCUCGAGAAUUGCCGGAGAAGCCUCUCCUCCGCCGAAGUCACCUCCCUCGUCGACUGCUGCCUCGAUCUGCUGAAGGACAGCAAUUUCAGGGUCAGCCAGGGGGCGCUUCAGUCGCUCGCCUCCGCGGCAGUUCUCGCCGGCGAGCAUCUGAAGCUCCAUUUCAACGCACUCGUUCCUGCUGUCGUCGAGCGCCUGGGUGAUGCGAAGCAGCCCGUUCGAGAUGCUGCCCGCAGGCUUCUCCUUACGCUUAUGGAGGUUUCUUCACCGACAAUAAUAGUUGAAAGAGCUGGUAGUUAUGCCUGGACACACAAGAGUUGGCGUGUUCGUGAAGAGUUUGUUCGAACAGUUUCUUCUGCAGUUGGCCUAUUCGCCUCUACUGAGCUCACUCUUCAGCGUGUCGUACUUCCUCUGGUAUUGCAGCUGUUGAAUGACUCAAAUAACAGUGUAAGAGAAGCUGCCACUUUGUGCAUAGAGCAAAUGUACACUCAAGUUGGGCCUCAAUUUUUUGACGAACUGCAGCGGAAUCAUCUUCCCCCUGCUAUGGUUAAGGAGAUAAGUGCAAGACUUGAAAAGAUUGAGUCCAAGGUUCGUCCUGCUGAUGCUCUUUCCAGCCAAUUUGGUUUACCAGAAACAAAGCCUGCAAUUCUGCCUUCAUUCACUCAGAAGAAAAGCAGUCCAAAAAUAAAGAGCUCAGUUCGUGAAAGUUCUCUUUUUGGUGGUGAAAAUGAUGUUACAGAGAAAUCUAUUGAGCCAGUUAAGGUUUUCUCUGAGAAAGAAUUAAUUAGAGAAAUUGAGAAAAUCGGUGCUACACUUGUGCCUGAACAAGAUUGGUCAGUUAGAAUUGCUGCAAUGCAGAGACUCGAGGGCCUCGUAUUUGGAGGUGCUGCUGAGUACGCCUCAUUCCAAUCUCUGUUGAAGCAGCUUGUUGGUCCUCUAAGUGGUCAACUUUCUGAUAGACGUUCUAGCAUUGUGAAGCAGGCAUGCCAUUUGUUAAGUUUUUUAUCAAAGGAACUUUUGGGGGAUUUUGAGGCUUGUGCAGAGAUGUUUAUUCCGGUUCUUUUCAAGCUGGUUGUGAUAACAGUGCUUGUUAUAGCAGAAUCUGCUGACACUUGCAUAAAAACGAUGUUGCGCAAUUGUAAAGUGGCUCGUGUACUUCCCCGUAUUGCAGAUUGUGCAAAGAAUGACAGGAGUGCAGUUCUUCGUGCUAGGUGUUGUGAGUAUGCACUAUUGAUUCUUGAGUAUUGGGCUGAUGCACCUGAAAUACAGAGGUCAGCAGAACUUUAUGAGGAUCUUAUCAAAUGCUGUGUAGCGGAUGCCAUGAGUGAGGUGAGAUCCACUGCAAGAACAUGUUACCGAAUGUUCUCCAAAACAUGGCCUGAACGCUCGAGGCGGUUGUUUUUGAGCUUUGAUCCUGUGGUUCAGCGAAUAAUCAAUGAAGAAGAUGGAGGCAUUCACAGAAGAUAUGCAUCACCUACACUUCGGGAGAGAGGUGUGCAGCAAAUGCACGGUCUGACACAGCGAUCUGCUCAAUCAAAUGUUCCUGGUUUUGGGACUUCCUCAAUUGUGGCAAUGGACCGGAGCACAAAUUUACCUUCAGGGGCAUCUCUACUCUCUGGCAGUCAGCUUCUGUCACAAGCAAAGGCUGCAGGAAGGGGUACAGAAAGAAGUCUUGAAAGUGUUCUGCAGGCAAGCAAGCAGCAGGUUACGGCUAUUGAGAGCAUGCUGAAAGGUUUGGAUUUCUCGGAGAAGUGUAACCUAGCUAAACGUUCAACAAGUCUUGAUCUAGGAGUGGACCCUCCAUCAUCUCGUGAUCCCCCAUUUCCAUUGGCUGUUCCUGCAUCCAAUCACUUGUCAGCACAGAGUUCUGCAUUGGCUGGUUCAACUGCAGCCAAAAUCACUAAAGGUAGUCUUCUCUCUGGUGGUUCAAUUUUAUCAGAUCUUUUAUCAUCCCAGGUUACAGCUUCUAAAGAUAAUAGCAAAUUAUUGUAUGCAGGUAAUAUGACCACAGAUUCCCUGUCUCGCACUCACACUGCCAAGAGGGUUCCAUUGUCUUCUGAUCGACCACAAGAGAGAUUUGAAGAUAUUUCUGAUGUCAAGUCAAAUAGGCGUUUUGCUAACAUGCAAGUUGAUAGGCAGUACCUCGAUACACCUUAUAAGGAUCCAGCUUACGGAGAUGUACAUAGUAGUUAUGUUCCCAAUUUCCAGAGGCCUCUUUUGAGAAAGCCUGCUUCAGGAAGGGUUUCAAGUGGUAGAAACAGUAUUGAUGAAAGUCAUCUUCAAAUUGGAGAAAUGUCUAGCUGCUUGGAUGGUCCAGUAACAUUGACUGAAGCUCUAACUGAAGGCCUAAGUCCUAGUUCCAACUGGUCAGCCAGGGUUUCUGCUUUUCGUUAUGUCCAUGGUUUACUGCAACAAGGACCAAAAGGAAUACAAGAAGUUACCCAGAACUUUGAGAAAAUUAUAAAGUUGUUUUUCCAGCACUUGGAUGAUCCCCAUCAUAAGGUGGCACAGGCAGCUUUUGCGACGCUCACUGAUAUGAUUCCAGUUUUCAAAAAACCGUUCGAGAGUUAUCUUGAGAGGAUUUUACCUCAUGUUUUCUCCCGGCUUAUAGAUCCAAAGGAACUUGUAAGGCAGUCUUGUUCAUCAACCUUGGAAAUGGUUGGGAGCAUAUAUGGAAUAGAUUCAUUGCUUCCUGCAUUUCUUCGUUCACUCGAUGAGCAGCGAUCGCCAAAGGCUAAAAUUGCUGUCAUUGAAUUUGCUAUUAACUCCUUCAAUACACAUGCAAUGAGUUCUGAUGGUGCUAAUUGUAGUGGAUUAUUAAAGUUGUGGUUUGCUAAGUUGGCACCUCUUGUUAAUGAGAAAAAUGCAAAGCUUAAAGAAGCAGCCAUCACGGGUAUUAUAUCGGUUUAUACACACUUUGAUUCUGCGGCUGUUUUAAAUUUUAUUGUUGGUUUAUCUGUGGAGGAACAAAAUGCAAUGAGGAGAGCUCUCAAGCAGUACACUCCUAGGAUAGAGGUGGACCUUAUGAACCUUCUACAAAAUAAGAAAGAGAGAUCACGGUCAAAAUCUUUAUAUGACCAGUCAGAUGUUGUUGGAACAUCUUCCGAAGAAGGCUAUGUAGGAACAUCAAAGAAAAAUAAUUUCUUUGGGAGGUUCUCUGCUGGUGCUAUUGAUGGUAAUGGUGGUAGAAAGUGGAGUUCCAUGCAUGAAUCCAUGUUCAUGGUAACUUCUUAUAAUCAUGCACCUUCUGAUGAACUGCAGGAAAAUUACCGGAAUCACGAGGGUAUUUCAAAGUCUGAAUUACAUUGUAGCACCUCCAGCAGAAAAACUGUUGAUACUUUAGAAAACAAAGAAUCCUGGAGCCACCAAUUGGAUGCUAAGAACUUAAAUCAUCAAACAGAUGUUGAAAGUUGUGGUGUUUCUCCUAGUUUAGAAGUCCAUGGGAAUGAAGGGGCAGAAGUUCUUCAUGGUGGAGAAUCUGCUGCUAAUGCAGUAAAUCAGGAUAAAUCUGUUGUACUUAAAGAUGCCUCUUUGUUGGAUUCUGGCCCUAGCAUUCCUCAACUUCUUCACCAGAUAUGCUAUGGAAAUGAUGAAAAUCCAUCGGAAAGCAAAAAGGAAGCAAUCCAGCAGUUGGUUCAUGUUUCCAUGGAAAAGGAUCCUUCUAUAUGGACAAAGUAUUUCAACCAAAUUCUAACUGCAGUACUUGAGGUGGUUGAUGAUAGUGAUCCUUCAGUCAGAGAGCUUGCACUUUCUCUGAUUCUUGAGAUGCUUAAUUACCAGAAAGAUUCCAUAGAGGAUUCUAUUGAAAUUGUUAUUGAGAAGCUGCUCCAUGCCUCCAGAGAUUCAAUUGCAAAGGUAUUAGUUAGAUUUUCUUCAAGGAACUACCAAAUUUUUGUUCUUUUCAGUUGUAAAAUUGUAAUAGCAAGUUGCUUUUACUUUCAGGUUUCAAAUGAAGCUGAGUGCUGCUUGUCGGUUGUGUUAUCCCAGUUUGACCCAUAUAGAUGUCUUUCUGUCAUUACACCAUUGUUGGUAAGCGAAGAUGAGAAAGCGCUUGUCUCUUGUAUUAACUGUUUGACAAAGCUUGUUGGGCGGCUUUCACAGGAGGAGUUAAUGGGUCAACUACCAUCAUUCUUACCGGCUUUGUUUGAUGCUUUUGGGAGUCAGAGUGCAGAUGUUCGUAAGAUUGGUAGCAGGUUGAGCUGGAGCAGAAACUAUGCGGCAAAGGACAUUAGGUUCGGGGUAGAAGCUCGGGCGUUGAUGCUCAAGGGUGUUGAAGAUCUUGCUGAUGCUGUUAAAAUCACUAUGGGCCCUAAGGGCCGCAAUGUUGUCAUAGAACGGAGCUUUGGCUCGCCUCAAGUGACAAAGGAUGGUGUGACUGUUGCAAAAAGCAUUGAGUUCAGCCAUAGGGUCAAGAACAUGGGAGCUAGCCUAGUUAAACAGGUUGCCAAUGCUACCAAUGAUGUUGCUGGAGAUGGCACCACAUGCGCGACAGUUUUAACUAGGGCAAUCUUUGCAGAAGGUUGUAAAUCUGUUGCAGCAGGAAUGAAUGCGAUGGAUUUGCGGAGAGGAAUUUCGAUGGCUGUUGAUUCUGUAGUCACCAACUUGAAAAGCCAAGCUCGAAGGAUCAGCACAUCAGAGGAAAUUGCUCAGGUUGGUACAAUAUCAGCAAAUGGUGAAAGAGAAAUUGGUGAAUUGAUUGCUAAGGCUAUGGAGAAAGUUGGCAAAGAGGGUGUCAUUACUGUUGCUGAUGGGAAGACCUUGCUUAAUGAACUAGAAGUUGUUGAAGGAAUGAAGCUUGAUAGGGGUUAUAUAUCACCUUACUUCCUUAAUGAUCCAAAGACUCAGAAAUGUGAACUUGAAGAUCCUCUUAUUUUGAUCCAUGAGAAAAAAAUCUCCAGCAUAAAUUCAGUUGUUAAAGUGUUAGAGCUGGCACUGAAGAGGCAGAGGCCAUUAUUGAUUGUUGCUGAAGAUGUAGAAAGUGAUGCCUUAGCUACACUCAUCAUAAAUAAGCUUCGGGCCGGCAUAAAGGUGUGUGCUGUCAAGGCUCCUGGGUUUGGUGAAAACCGGAAAGCAAGUUUGCAGGACCUGGCUACUCUAACUGGAGGCCAGCUUGUUACUGAGGAUCUGGGAAUGAACCUUGAGAAAGUUGAUUUGGAGAUGCUAGGUACUGCUAAAAAGGUAACUAUAUCUAAAGAUGACACUGUCAUCCUUGAUGGAGCUGGCGAUAAGAAAGCCAUUGAGGAAAGAUGUGACCAGUUGAGAUCUGCAAUAGAAGCAAGUAAUUCUGAUUAUGAUCGAGAGAAGUUGCAAGAAAGGUUGGCCAAACUUUCAGGAGGAGUUGCUGUUAUAAAGAUUGGUGGAGCUAGUGAAGCUGAGGUUGGUGAAAAGAAAGAUCGAGUAACUGAUGCUCUGAAUGCGACCAAGGCUGCUGUUGAAGAGGGUAUUGUGUCAGGUGGUGGUGUGGCACUGCUUUACGCAUCAAGGGAGCUAGAAAGAUUGCAAACUGCAAAUUUUGACCAGAAAGUUGGGGUUCAGAUUAUUCAGAAUGCCUUGAAGACACCUGUGUAUACAAUUGCUUCCAACGCUGGAGUUGAGGGAGCUGUUGUUGUGGGCAAGCUGUUAGAGCAGGACAACCUUGACCUUGGAUAUGAUGCUUCCAAGGGUGAAUAUGUAGACAUGGUAAAGGCAGGGAUUAUUGAUCCGGUGAAAGUAAUUAGAACUGCUCUGGUAGAUGCUGCAAGUGUGUCUUCUUUGAUGGCAACCACAGAGGCAGUGGUUGUUGAACUCCCCAAGGAAGAGAAGAAUGUGCCAUCAAUGGGUGGUGACAUGGGAGACAUGGACUAUUGAAGAGAUAUACUACUGCAGUGAACUGAAUAGUCUUAUACGGUCUUUUCCAGCCUUCUCUUGUUCGCAUUCUCACAAUUUUUUCACCUUGGAUGAUGUACCGAAAUUGUAACAAAUAGAGUCGGGUGUGAAGGAAUUUUCUCUGCUGUAACAGUCGUGAUCUUUUACGUCACAACCUUUAUAAAUGAAAAUCAAGGUUGGGUUGCUCACAACAUCCUGAGCAUUAUUUUGUUCUUGCUCUGUGGUGAACGUCUGAUUUAGAUUUUACCGAGGGAAUUUGAAAUUUGCAAGGAAGGGGUAUACUCACUUUUUUAAGUUUGAA